AUGGACCUCGAUGAAGACGCCAAGCCCAACCUGAUGACAUUGGACAUGAGUGCAAACGCGAGCGUCAGGAGCGAAUCUGUCAACCCGUACGACCCCAUCGUACCACAGGGCCAGGCUGGGCCGAAGCCACCCAUCAAGCGCAGAGCCCCAAUCGCCUGCCGAAGUGUUUUUCCUCAGCGUGGCCAGCCGGACAACGACCGUGAAUAUCGGCACCCGCGCAUGAGGGCCGAAAAGGCCGCCAAACGAGAAUCCGACAAGGCACGACGCAAUGCCUCCGACUCCGUACCCCGAGGCCCAGGUGCCGCUGCACUCCGGAAACCUGCCGACGAGUGGGACCUUCUCCCGCCACUUCCGGAAAUCAUCGAUGCCGUCCACGUCUUCACGCGCAAGUACUUCCAGCUUGGCUUCAUACCGAAGGAGCUGCUGCCUCAACAGCUGCACCGCGAUCAUCGUUCCGUCAGCGUCUUCCUUGUUCUUGGCAUUCUCAGCGUCUCGGCUCGAUUCUCGCCUGCCUUGACCGAGAGGUACGGUGGAGAGAUCAAGGCUGUGGAUUACUUUAUGGAACGGGCCAGUAACCUAGCACUGAGCGAACUUUACCAGGAACCUACGCUGGAACGAUGCCAGGCGUUCUAUCUACUUAGUUUGGCUCAGCAGGGCAGCGGUUGGAGCCACCGUAGCUACAUCAACAUUGGCAUCGCCACAAGAAUGGCUGUACUGAUGCACCUACACCGAGAGGAGUUCUACAAGAUGAAGAAUCCCACGAGGGAGAUGAUUAUCAGAGCUGAAUCUGCUAGGAGAACUUUGUGGAUGUUGCACAGCCAAGACAAUCUUCAUUGCGGUGCUCUGUCUCCCGUCUCGCUUGCCGCUAACGACAUUACCGCCCUCCUCCCCAGUAACGAGGAUGAUUUCGCCAACGGUCGCGAGCCCUUUUCACGCGCGGCACUCGAAGACACGCCACCAGCGCGUGACAACCCGGCCUUGAUCCAUCAGCCGUCGCGAUCUCUCUUCGCGAGCUUGAUCCAAGCGCACUACUACUGGGGCAAGGUGGCGCGACGGGCGAUGGCUACCAUGAAAAGUGCCAACCCCUGGGACCCGACGAGCGAGUACGCAAUUAUGGCCAAUCAGCUCAAGAAUUGGGAACAGAAGCUGCCGUCGGAUCAUCGCUGGAGUAUGGUUCUGCUCAAAGGGCACAAGACGGUUGGCGAGGAUUUGGCCUACUUGGGAGUUACGAUGAUCACGAAACUCUGCAACAUCGUCUUGAGGAGAGCAUACUUGGACAAUAUCAUCAAAACCGGCGAGAAGGACCCUCAACGCCGAGCCUUCUUCUCCUCCAUGUCAGACGACUUGUUCCGCAACGUACGAGAACUUUACGAGCAAGUCGAUGCGCAGUUCAGCGUUAGGUCUUCCGAAGAAGGCGUGGGCGCUCAGAUGGCGUCAUUUUGCGUCUACAGUUGCGGUCUAUUCUCGACUUACUUGGUCAAGUACAAGAAUAUUUGCUCCGACAAGUCCAUUGUAGCACAAGCACCCAACAUGCUUCAGCGUUGCAUGUCCAUCCUUAUCGAAUCCAAACAAACAUGGCCGCUAGCAUCCAGAUGGCUCGAAUCUCUCGAGCGCUUUUCGCGUGACCCUAAGGCUGCUGCAUACAGCCUUGAGGGCAGCAUGGCUGAUGGCAACGAUCGUACCCUCCGGCCCUUGCAUCCGUCGCCAUCGACCUUCACCAAACCUCGUGCGGAAACUCCAAAGUACCAGCUUCCUGGCCCUCCACCAACGCCUCUAAACGAGAAGAAGCCGCCUCCUCUCCGCCACGCAAGUACCAGCAGCAGCACGUCCAUUAUUCUUCCUCCCCCGAGUCCAUCUCCCAGCAUCCAGCAGCAGCAGCAUCAACAGCAACAGCAUAAUGCUUCUUUCCCGUUGCCGCCUCUGAACACGUCGCAGCAACCUCAGAUGCAUCAACAACACCACCUACAACCCCAACAGCACAUGUCCCCCCAGCAAACCCCACAGCCGAUGCACCAAUUCCAACAUCAGCACCAACCACCCCCGCUACAACAACGGAAUCAGCCACAGCACCAAUCUCUGCCACAGAUGCAACCGAUGCCUCCGGAGUUGCAGCAACACUUCUCCCCGACAAUGUACACCACCCAGGCACCGCCGCCGUACAGCCCCAACAAUGGCAUGGGAAUGCUCGUUCAGGCGGCCGCCUUCGACACCAACCCCAUCGGCUCGCCCACGAACCCGUACGACCCGGCCGCUGUGGCAGCCGCCGCGGCGUUCUACUCCUCCCCGGGGUCCACCUCUAUUACCCUGGGCCCCGGAACCGACGGUUUCGAGUGCGAGCUGCAAAGCUGGUUCGACGGCACGGCCCCGGUGCAGGCGAACAGCUGGAUCGUCAACGGCGCCGCGGGGCUGGGCUGGUUCGGAUCAAACUAA